GGUCACCUGACCCGGCUGCGGGCCGAGGAGACACAAGGGAAGUCGCCGUCGCCGGAGUCGGACCCGCCGCCUAGCCCCGGGCCUCCAGCGCCAUGCCGUCGGAGAAGACCUUCAAGCAGCGCCGCACCUUCGAACAAAGAGUAGAAGAUGUGCGCCUCAUCCGAGAGCAGCAUCCCACCAAGAUCCCGGUGAUAAUAGAAAGAUACAAGGGCGAGAAGCAGCUGCCCGUCCUGGACAAGACCAAGUUCCUCGUGCCCGACCACGUCAAUAUGAGCGAGCUCAUCAAAAUAAUCAGAAGGCGCUUGCAGCUCAACGCAAACCAGGCCUUCUUCCUCUUGGUGAACGGGCACAGCAUGGUGAGUGUGUCCACGCCCGUGUCCGAGGUGUACGAGAGUGAGAAGGACGAGGACGGCUUCCUGUACAUGGUGUACGCCUCCCAGGAGACGUUCGGGAGCGGAUCGGCACUGUAAGACGAGGGCCCUGUCAGCUUUCUAAUUGCCAAGGAGAAAAAAGGGAUGUCACCAACUGAGACUGAUGAGUUCAUCUAGUCACAGGCCAUCGGAGCACUUGUGUUCCACCUAGGAGCUUUAGGAGUUUUUGUAUUGCAAGCAGAAAAAUGGAACUCCAAAUGAGCACGCUCAGCUUUGGAAACUAUUAUUUAACCUAGGCAUCUUGUUUUCAAAUUUUAGAAGUUUAAAAAUAAAAUACUUUGCAUCUUAAGUUGCCAGUAAAAUAGACCUUCAAGUUAUUUAAAUGCUCUUCUUUCCCCAGUGGGAACCUGCAGUCUGAGCAGCAGCUUGCAGGGCAUUCAGAGAGGUCUCCUUCAGGUUCAUGGAACCUUUUCCUACAAGGGUUUCUACUCAACUAGAGCAGUCUCCCUAAGGGGACUCUAUGCACAGGCUCCCAGCGCCUUUGCUUUUGUACAGAACAGGGCCAAGAAGGCUGUGCAGAAAGCACCUGUGUAUGUGGCUCAAGAUGCCUGAGCUGCAGCAUGCCAAGAGUCCAUGCCCCAGCAGUGCUAGAGUGCUGUCCCUUGGUUUCUCCUCUAGUUAGUCAACACAGGAAAUUACCACUACUCGGCAGGAAAUGGGCCUUGAACUGUAGGUACUUCAGUCCUAGUUUCUUAAAAGGCUGCAGAGAAAGGAGACAUUUUCUUUGCUUUGG